AUGAGGAAGAAAGUUGUUCAUCAAAAACCUCCACGAGAAAAGCUUCUCAUAUUCCCUUCGAAGCCAAAACCUUCUACUCGCUCCAGAGAUCAAACGUUCACACCCUCACUUUCUCCUCCUACAUCUCCUCCUCACACUAACCCUAUGGCGCGGACCAAGACCACACCAAGAUAUCCUUCCCCUACCAAGCCGACGCCACCACCAAAGGAGCCUCCUUCAAAAUCCAGUUCUUCGAAACCCAGUUCUUCAAAAGGCAAAGGCCCUGUUGCUGCUAAAGAACCUGUCCCUGAGUCAACUCAACCUAAGCCUAGGUCUGUUCCUACUCAUCCUCAAAGAGGUCAACCAUGUAUCUCUCUUAAAUCUGUCGAGGAACCUGAUAUUGAUCCCUUUGUCAAGGGCCGAGACAUUGUGUUAAACAAUGAAACUAUCAGUGAUUCCUUGAAAUACACUGAUGUUGGGGCGUGUGCCUAUGCAUCGGUGAUUGAUGAUGAUGAUGAAUCUGUUCCUGAGGAUUCUCCUCCUCCUUCUACAGAGGGUACCUCAGUCUCAACUAGACAAAAUUCUACUUUAUUUGGGGUUGUUAAGAACGUGAUACAAGAAUUUUUCUCCCAGUCAAAUCAUAUGAUUGUUAUGAGCAAAGAACACAGGAAGCUAGCAAGCAAGUAUGAGAACUUUCUCAGAAAAUCAAGAGAAAGAGUGGCUAUUUUCAUGAAGUUCAUUGAUAAUCUCCAAGCGGAUGAAAAUGCUGUCACUGAUACUGAAGAAGAAAAUAGUUCAGAGGAGGAUGGUUCAGAUGUCUAG